ACUCAGUGGGAUGUCGUGGUAUCUCAGUAGGACGUUCAUGUGCCUGUGUGGGCGGGGUGACAGCCGUAGGUGGAGCUCCUGUGAACAGGGAGGAUGUGCAGCGUGAUGUCACAGUCACUGCAGUGCUAUACCACAGUCCUGCAUUCCUGCUCCUGUCAGGAAGCCUUGACAACAGAAAGGAAAUCAUGGCAACUUUUGGGCUCUUCUCAAACAACUCUCAGCAAAACACGACACAAUCUGAAGACUGGACCGUUGUUUACACUGCAGUCAGGUGGAUCCAGUUGAUAAUGGCAGUUCUGAGCAUUUUAGGAGCUGGAUCCAUUGUUUUUCAUGCAUCUUCCAAAAAACUCACCCGGACUCCAGAGAUCCAGGCUCUGUUUCUCCUGAGUGUGACAGACAUGCUGCUGGCACUGAGCUGGCUGGUCGGAGCUGUGCUGUUUUCCCAGGGCAGAGAUAAUCACACCACCUGCUACAACCUGCACACAUUCGAACAGAUGCUGUACAUGACCUCCUUCAGCUACACAGUAAACUACAUGUGGGCUCUUUACAGUAGCAUCAGCACAAGGUUCUACUGCAGUGUCAGUGGAGGUCCUUCUCAGUUUCCCCGCAAAGUGAGCACCUUCUGCAAGAUGGCUGCUUACAUGUCCUGGGUGCUUCCUGUUCUCCUGAUGACGCCGGUGUUGAUAACUGGAAACAUGGAGAAGUGCCAUGCAAACUUCAGUCAGCCUUACCAGUGUCUCCUCAUGCACACGGGGGCUCUUUACCCACCCCCCCAUCCCACAAAGAAGCACCAGAUCACAGGCUGCACUCUGGUCCACCUGUUCAGCAUUGCUGUCUUCCUGCUCGCCUUCUUCUUCACCUGGGUGGGGAUUGUGGUGCUGAUUGGAAAGUCCCGCCAUAUUUACAGACGUUGCGUCACCUCCAGUGGUUUCCUAGGGGACCGCCAGUGGGCGUCCCUCCGUGUUGUGGACAGACGCGUUCUCCUCUACCCCUCAGUCUUCCUCUUUUGCUGGGGACCAGCUGUGUUCCUGGCAGUUCUCAGGCUCUACAAGCCCACUGCAGUGGAGGGACUCGUAGGAGUGGUGCUCUACUUAUCACAGGCCUUCUCCUCAGCCUCCCAGGGCCUCCUCAACUCACUGGUGUACGGCUGGACCCAGAGCACCUUCCGCUCAGCUAGCAAGGCCUCUCUGAGGGAUGUUGAUACCCAGACGCCACUUCUCCAGUCUCAGAAGAAGAGCUACCAGACAGGCCUGCGCACCAUGGGCUAGGGGAGUCCCUGGCCUCGGCACACUAGAUUGGCCAGCACACCAGACUGCCCUGUGGGUAGAAGAGUGUCUGGGGCCGUGGUGUACCACAGUCGCCAUAGCAACUGAACGAAGUUCAUAACAACGUCAGGAGGAUACUGAACCGUACCAUCUGUGUUUCUGUUGCAGGGCUUGGAAUAUCAGGGUUUUGUUUUGAGAUUUGGGGAAACCCCUUGGUUGUGUGUGUGAACAGUUAUAGUAGUUGUUGUGGUUGUGAAGAAGAAGUGCAGAAACUGAAUUAGAGAGAGACUUUCAGCUGCCAGGCUCUAAAGAGCAACCAUAGUCAGCAGAUGAACUGUCAGGGGGAUUUUAUACACAAGGAAGUGUUUCACUGAAACAGGAAAUGAGACAUCUGUACUGGUCACAUCAACUCCCUCGCCUGGGCUGUUUUGACGGUUCACAAUGGAACGCAAAAUGUUUUCACAUUGUCUCGCAAAAAUCCCACUUUUUCCCUAUGGCAGUGUGGUUGAAGAGCUUGAGAACUGGGUGGAAAAGUUCCUGACAAACAUGUUCUGAGGGCCCCUAGACCUCGCCCUAGCACUCACUUCACGUUGCCCAACCGUGCAGAAGACCCUCAGAGGCACCGUCAUAUUUGAUCUGGAAUCAAUAAGGGGACAUCAUUCACAAGGCAAACUCUUUGUAUAGUCAUGUGACCCUGGCCAUUGUGAACAGGCCCUGUGUAGCGUGUGGGAUGUUUUUUGCAGGUCAGCACACUAAUUCUCGGUAAUGCGAUGGAAUGUGUCAGUCAUCAUUGGACAACUUUGCACAGAAGGCUUCAUGCUGGGCUGUAUCUCCCUUCUAUAAAAUCAUAUUCUUAUCCAAUUGUUGGACAAUGUUUUGAAAUGUUUAUGCAGCUUGUGGAGUUUUAUCUUAUGUGAGAGGUUGUUAUAAAGGCCACUAUAAGUGGUUUUGCUAUGCAUGUGUUUUCCCCUUGUGGAUUAAACCUUUUUACUCUGUAUUAUUGACACCUCAAUAAGGUUUAAUUUCAACAAAGUAAAGUACAAAUGUAAUGCUUAUCUUUACAAAAGCUGUGAACUACGACAAAAUUCUUAAAAAAUAAAUAUUUCACAAUCAUUAAUUUUUUUUAUUGUGACAUCACAUUUAGAAUUCUGUCAUUUGGAUUUGU